ACUCCCGAGCUACCGGAGCGAAAAUUUUCCGAGUGAGCUCAGUAACACCGCUGUCGUCCCGAAAAGAGACUGAACUCAGGCGGAGUUUAUGACUUUGGCUUUUUGCGGCAGCGGAGCUCUGAAUUACAUCGACUUUGACCUGAAAUCAAGUAAAACACACGAGCUUGUACUUUUUGUUUUGUUUUUUCCUCCAGAUUUCUGUGACACAAAGACAUUUUUAAGCAGGAAAACAUGGCUCAGUUCAACAAGGGACCAGCCUACGGAUUAUCUGCAGAAGUUAAAAGCAAGAUUGCACAGAAAUAUGAUCUGCAGAAAGAAGAAGAGCUUCGUUUUUGGAUUGAAGAAGUGACUGGCAUGCCCAUUGGAGACAACUUUCAAAAGGGCCUGAAAGAUGGUGUCAUUCUGUGCGAGUUAAUAAACAAGCUACAGCCAGGUUCCAUAAAGAAAAUCAACCACUCACAGCUGAACUGGCACAAGCUGGAGAACCUUGGGAAUUUCAUCAAAGCCAUUCUAAACUACGGCUUGAAGCCCAAUGACAUCUUUGAAGCCAAUGACCUCUUUGAAAAUGGGAACAUGACUCAAGUCCAGACCACACUGCUUGCUCUUGCCAGCAUGGCAAAAACUAAAGGUCUUGAUACAAAGGUUGACAUUGGAGUGAAAUAUGCAGAUAAGCAGGAAAGGCGUUUUGAUGAUGAGAAGAUGAAGGCUGGCCAGUGUGUUAUUGGACUUCAGAUGGGGACUAACAAGUGCGCAAGCCAGGCUGGCAUGACUGCUUAUGGCACACGGAGACAUCUUUAUGACCCAAAGACCCAAACAGACAAGCCUUAUGAUCAAACUACAAUCAGCCUGCAGAUGGGAACUAACAAAGGAGCUAGCCAGGCUGGCAUGUCUGCCCCGGGAACAAGAAGAGACAUUUUUGAUCAGAAGACCGCUGUGCAACCUCUGGACAACUCUACUAUCUCUCUGCAGAUGGGCACCAACAAGGUGGCAUCUCAGAAGGGCAUGAGUGUGUACGGGCUGGGCAGGCAGGUCUACGACCCAAAAUACUGUGCUGCGGCCACAGAACCCAUCAUCCAUGCCAACGGCAGCCAAGGCACAGGCACAAAUGGCUCAGAGAUCAGUGACAGUGACUAUCAGGCAGAAUACCAAGAGGAGGAAUACCAGGGCAAUUACCAUGAUGAAUACAGUGGCCACUACAAUGACCAGGGUAUCGACUACUAGGUAGAGAUGCAUAAUUAAUCAAAACAGUAUUAAUGCAAUAUAUUCUCAACAGAGCAAGUCUUUUGCUAUCAUCAUUAGUCUUUGUUUUGUAUUAAGGGAUAAGAGAAAGUUUGUGAAAGGAAAGGAGUGUUAUUGGGAUCCCUGCCCCUACUCUAGGUGACCUGUUUUUAAGCUGGCCAUGUUUUACUAUGGUCAUAUUUAAAUAUAAACCAUACAAUACAUAACACCUGCUAUGUUAAGGUUCAGAACAUUACUUUUAACUUUUUUUUAUGAAGAAUGGAGAACUGUGAAGAAAAUAUUCCACAUUUUCACUAUGCAGAAUUAGCUAAAUAGAAAUCCACUUUUUAUACUCUGUCAUUUCUUUGUUCAUUGUCUUUUCAUGCAUCUCAGAGUGAGUCAGUCUGAAUUAGCAAGUAAGUAAGUUUCACCAAUCAGUCUCUGCUUUAUUGCAACAUAUAAGGACUGUGGAUGAUCUUAAGUUGUGUCAAAUAAUUAGCAAAAAAUGUAUAAAGAGAAAAAGCCUAUAGCCUAAACUAUUCCAUUUGUCUUUUCAUGUCACUGGAAGUUGUAGUUUUUUCACAUCUCUAAAAUGAUGAGGCUUUAGUGUUUUUAUGAGAAUUGUUUCAUUAAGACUGGAAAACAGUUCUUUUUAGUUUCCUGCUUUUAUCAAAUAGUUUUAUUUGUGCCAUAAUCUUGAAAAAAUGUCUUCUACAUUCCAUUCCCACUGUAUUUAUUGUCAUUUUCUCAUUUAAACUGUUCUUCUGUCAUACGGUUCUUUUUAUGAAUAAAUUGUAUGUUAUAAACAAA